UGCUUCUACUCCUAGUUUUUGAACUGACUUUACAAAGAACUACGUGACUUUAUCUAAAAAUAAGUGAGUGGACAUGUAUUGAAAGAUUUCAAGUGAUACAAAAUGAGAAUAACAUUAAAAAUAUGCAUGACAUUACUAUUAAUAAAAAUGGCGACCUCAUCAAGUAUAUUCGAUGCGAUAACUAAAGAAAAAAGAAAUGAAAACGCUAUGCUGCUCAGCAGGGUGGUCCAGUACAUAGUUGAUACAAAACUACGUUCAAAGAGUAGGAGAGCAUACGAUGAUUUACCAUUGAGAAAAUCUAGAAAUUCCUAUAGAGGCCGAGGAAAUGCACCACGACCGUCCCUGAGGAUACCUGAAGAAGCAAAGGUAUUAAGAGAUGAUCAUGCACAAUUGGUUGAACAAGAAUUAAAAGGUGCUUUGUCUCAUAAGAAGUCAGCUCUCUACGAUAGACCAUUUGUUGAGAAACGAGGAAAGAACGAUUAUCUGGUGAUGAGGCCAGAAGUAGUGGAUCCUUUCGUCACAGUGGUACCGAAUCAGAUGUACUAUAAUAUUGAGAAGACCUGUGUCAACUGGCUGGAUGACUGUAGUCUAAACGGUAUAAGAGACAGACUCCUAAGAGGAUCUACAUCAUAUAGGAAGAAGUAGUUUAAUAAUUCUCCUCAUCGAUUGAGGAAAAUAUGAUAAAGAAUUGUUAUUAUUAGCUAUGUAUGGCCCGUCUAGAUAGAGUACAUUAUGUAUGUUUAAUAAAUAUUUUUUUAGUUUCUAUUAUACGUCACG